ACGCUGACAUAUCGUCAAAAAGUAGUAUACUUGUCCGACACCGACAUAUAUAAACCGUGACCGCGGAUCGGCCAUAACUAGCCGUGAGGGCUCGCAUCCCCCACAUGCGAAUGGGGAAGAACAGCCCUGCAAGUCUGUUGUUCCUUGGUAUGUUUUUUUGGGACUGUACUUCGGAUUCCCUGAAACUUCGGAGUCCGGGUGGAAGAACUGAAGGUUCGGUAGAGGAGUCUCGUAAGAUUUGCCACGUUCCCGUUCAACAAGCCGAUAUGAAUCCACGGUCUAAGCUCAAUGCAAGAUCGUCCAUUGUCUUUCGGCUCCGUAUCGACUCCCAUCCUUACAUCCAGGUUCCUUACCUCCCCUCUAGCCCAUGACAUCGCUCAGCCGCCCGCACGCGUACGGCCGUUUACCGACUCAAGUAUGUAAUUUUUGCAACAUAUAACACGACCCGUGUCACC